GCGAGAAUUUCAUCCUGCAACCCAGUUUUGGAGGGAAAAACCCAAAAGCUACUAUUCAACCAGGUUGAGUGGCUGAGUGAGAGAGAGAAAAUUCAAGAAAAUCUUUGCUGAAUCUAUUGGAAAUCUCUUAGAAGCCCCAUUCGCCAUUGAAGAGAGGGAAAUCCGUGAGAGAGGGAGAGAUUGAUCAUGUUUGCUGCAGAGAAUGGACUUAGAGGAGACCCAAGGCUUCAAGCCAUCUCCGAAGCCAUUCGAGUCGUUCCUCACUUCCCAAAGCCAGGAAUAAUGUUUCAAGAUAUAACAACGUUGUUGCUGGAUCCCAAGGCGUUCAAGGACACGGUGGAUAUUUUCGUUGAUCGCUACAGAGACAUGGGCAUCUCUGUUGUUGCUGGGGUCGAAGCGAGGGGAUUCAUGUUUGGUCCCCCCAUUGCCUUGGCUAUUGGUGCAAAGUUUGUUCCUCUACGUAAACCUCGAAAGUUACCAGGUGAAGUGAUUUCUGAAGCUUAUGUCCUGGAGUAUGGAACUGAUUGUCUGGAAAUGCAUGUUGGAGCUGUUCAACCUGGUGAACGAUCAUUGAUCAUCGAUGAUUUGGUAGCUACAGGCGGGACUUUAUCAGCGGCAAUAAGACUUUUAGAACGUGUGGGGGCUGAAGUGGUUGAAUGUGCAUGCGUUGUUGGAUUGCCUGAGGCGAAGGGACAACGCAGGCUUAAUGGGACCCCACUCUAUAUACUUGUGGAGCCACGCGAAAUAGAACAUUGUUAUUAAGAUCUGUGGGCUUGAUUCUGCUUGGGCUGACUUAUAGGAAAGAUGAUGCUUGAGCAAACAGGCCAUGAUGAGUUUCUACCGAGUUUUGGCGGAAUUCCAUCAUUUCUUGGAUCAAUUUGUAUAAUUUCUCUAUGCAUGAGAUGUGCAUCUUCUGUAGGCUGCUAUGUGCGAUUUAUAGUUUUGGAACAAGCCUCCUGCUUGAAGAAUUGUUGCCCCGUGAUGUUUGAUUUGUUCUUUUAAGUCAUUUUUAGUGCCCAUUUUAGCGAGUCCUCAAUUUUA